GGGCAAAGCAGGAGGGGAAUUUCCGGCUAGGGUUUCGCGGAUCGAGAGCGGGGAGGGCGGCUAGGGUUUCGGGUCCAGGUCGGCGGCGGCGGCGAGCGGGCCCGGCAUGGCCUCGCCGGCGGCGGUGAAGGCGGAGGAGGGGGCGGAGGAGGGGGCGGUGACGGGGGACAUGGUGAGCGCGGGGUUCGCGGAGCUCGAGCGCCAGCAGCAGCUGCUGGCCACCUGCACGCGCCUCUACCAGCAGCUCUCCGACCACUUCGGCUCGCUGGAGCGCGGGCUCGCGGCGCGCUCCGACGCGCUCCGCGUGCGCUGCCGGGCCUUCGACGCGCGCACCCACCGCGCGCUCGACGCGCUCCACCGCAGGGAGGCCUCCAUCGACGGCUCCGUCUCGCGCGCGCUCGACCACCUCGCCUCCCUCUCCGCCGACAAGGGGGCGGCCCCCGCUGCCGCUGCCGCCGGCGCGGACGCGGACGGGCUCGCGGAGGGCCUGCGGACGCUGUGCGCGCGGAUGGACUCCGCGGCGUUCUUGGGCUUCGUGGUGGCCCGCCGCAAGGAGGCGGACGCGCUGCGCGCCGAGAUGCCACCGGCCCUGAAGCUCUGCGUGGAUCCGGCCAAGUUCGUCAUGGACGCCGUCGCCGGCGUGUUCCCCGUCGACCGCCGCGAGGUCCGCAGCCCGGCCGACCUGGCCUGGGCGUGCGUGCUCAUCCUCGAGGCCGCCGUGCCGGCGCUGGCCGACCCGGACCCGGAGAUCGGCGCCGCGCGCCCGCUCGUGCCGCGGGAGGCGCGGGAGCGCGCGCGGGCCAUGGCGAGGGAGUGGAAGGAGGCCGCGGAGAAGAAGGGCGGGGUGGAGGGCGCCAAGCCGCCCGAUGCCCAUGCCUUCCUGCAGCACGUGGCCACCUUCGCCGUCGCAGAGAGGGAGGACCGCCCGCUGUACCGCAGGAUUGUGGUCAGCUUCUCCUGGCGCAGACAGAUGCCGCGCCUCGCGCUCACCCUCGGCCUCGAGGAAGAAAUGGCUGAUAUCAUUGAGGAGCUAAUUGCUAAGAGGCAGCAGCUUGAUGCUGUGAAUUUCGCAUAUGAGGCUGGUCUUCAGGAGAAGUUCCCUCCAAUUCCUCUUCUGAAGUCCUACCUAGAAGACUCCAAGAAAACAUCAUCUAUUGCUUCAGAUAAUUCGAGCACUAGCAGUGGCCAAUCAGGGAGCAAUGUGAACAAGAAAGAGCAGUCGGCACUGCGAGCUGUUAUAAAGUGUGUUGAGGACCGUAAACUGGAAGCUGAGUUUCCACUGGAGGAUCUCCGGAAGCAGCUCGAAGAGCUGGAGAAGGCCAAGACCGAGAAGAAAAAGGCAGCAUCAAGUGCUUCCAGUGGCGGCAGCAGCGGCCCUGCAACCAAGCGUAUCCGUGCAAGCAAUGGAGGCCCAAUGCCUCCUGCCAAGGCAGGUCGAACUAACAACGCGUCCGUGUCUUCUUUCCCAACUCCCACCACAUUUGCCCGCUCUCCCUCCCACACCUCAUACGCCACCACUUCCCCUUCCCACACCUCAUAUGCCACCGCCUCCCCUUCCCACGCAUCAUACGCCACCGCCUCCCCUUACCCUUAUGACAGGGCGGUUGGUCAUGGCCUCUACUGCAACCGGAGCCCACCGGCUAUCAGGGAGCCAUAUGUUUACCCAGUUGAGGAGGUAGCCACUGUCAAUGUCGGCAUCGCGAUGCCAUACUCCACCCCACCCAUGAGCUACCCCACCCCCUAUGGUGGGUAUGCCAAUGGUAUGGCAGCUUACAACAAUGGAAUGGCUCCUGCCUUCCAUCAGGCUUACUACCGGUAGGUUCAGUCAGGAAAAAAAAAAGUCGCUGAUGAAUGACAUGACAACAACUAAUGAUGCCAACGACUCAAUCGCGCAAUGGCCCUAUUUUGUAGUGACUGACUACAACGGUAGAUUGGUAUCUCAGCUCAUAUGUCCUUACCACUACUAUUAGAUGUCUCUGUGUUGUAUUAGCGCUCGUCUCAUCCUAGAACACUACUUUUUACUGCUACUAAGGAACCUGGAUGUAAAUUAUGUAUGGUACCAGCGAGACUCACGUCCUCGCCUUAUGUAAUUCUAUUCGGAACUAUGAAAACCCCCCAAAAAAAAAUCAGCAUGUAAUCCUUUAUGUACCGUGGACUUGAUUAAAAGCGUUUUUAGUUUACCUUUGCUGUGUGAUCA